AAUAAAACUACAUUGCAAAAAAUGGGAAAGAAGCAAAAUGGAAAGAGUAAAAAAGUUGAAGAGGCAGAACCUCAAGAAUUCGUAGUAGAAAAAGUACUGGACCGCCAUGUAGUGAAUGGGAAGGCAGAGUAUUUCCUGAAGUGGAAGGGGUUUACAGAUGCAGACAGUACUUGGGAACCUGAAGAAAAUUUAGAUUGUCCAGAGUUAACUGAAGCAUCUAAUUCUCAAAAAGCUGGUAAAGAAAAAGAUGGAACAAAAAGAAAAUCUUUGUCUGACAGUGAAUCUGAUGAUAGCAAAUCAAAGAAGAAAAGAGAUGCUGCUGAUAAACCGAGAGGUUUUGCCAGAGGUCUUGAUCCAGAACGAAUAAUUGGUGCCACAGAGAGCAGUGGAGAAUUAAUGCUCCUCAUGAAAUGGAAAGAUUCCGAGGAGGCGGAGUUGGCACUGGCAAAAGAGGCAAAUAUGAAGCGUCCUCAAAUUGUAAUUGCUUUUUAUGAAGAGAGACUAACUCGGCAUUCUUGUCCAGAAGAUGAGGCUCAAUAA